UCUUAACUGAACUGAGAGCUAGAUUCAGCUUCCACCAGUUGAGCCACCAUUUUCUGUUAACGGUUGUCACACAACCGUCUUCACGCAUUCUUCACAAAAAUCUAAAUCCAAAUUCUAUUCCAAAUCCAAAUCCCCCUGUUUCUUCUCAACAACUCCCAUCAUUUUUAUUUUUUCCUCGUAUUCAUGAACACUGAAUCCACUUCAGAUUCAUGAAGACAUAUAAAGGAAUGCAGCGGCAGCAGAAACAACAACGCUUCACCAACCCCUUCACCCUUGUCACCGAUGAAAUCAUCUUUGCAAUCCUCGAUUUUCUCGGCCACGACCCAUUUUCCAGGAAAUCCUUCUCGCUGGUCUGCAAGUCCUUCUACUCCGUCGAAUCUCGCCACCGCAAAACCCUCAAGCCUCUCCGCUCCGAUUUACUCCGUCGGAUUCUCCUCCGUUACCCCGUUGUCGACCAUCUCGACCUCUCUCUCUGUCCUCUCAAUGAGGGCGAUUCGUGGGAUGUGAUAUUGUCGCUGUGUAAGUCAACUCUGCGGUCUAUUAAGCUUUCUCCAUCGAUGUUUUUCGCGAAUGUGGGGUUCUCAAAGUUGGUGAUGAACUGCUCGGCUCUGGUUGAGAUUGAUUUGUCUAAUGCAACUGAAUUUACGGACUCCGGGGCUGCAGCGAUCGCCGAGGCGAAGAAUUUGGAGAGGUUGUGGUUAGUGAGGUGUAAGCUGGUUUCGGAUAUUGGGAUUGGGUGUAUAGCAGUUGGGUGUAGGAAGCUGAGAUUGAUUAACUUGAAGUGGUGUUUACGUGUUAGUGAUUUGGGCGUUGGUUUGAUCGCUAUGAAGUGCAAGGAGAUCCGUUGUUUGGAUCUCUCUUACUUACCGAUCACAAAGAAAUGUCUUCCAUCUGUCCUGCAACUUCAACAUCUUGAAGAUUUGGUUCUUGUAGGAUGCUUUCAUAUCGAUCUUGAUGGCCUCACAAACCUAAAACAAGGUUGCAAGUCACUUGAGGUGCUUAAUAUGUCAAAUUGUCCUUGUAUCAGUCAUUAUGGACUGUCCUUUAUAACUAAUGGUGCUGAAUGCCUAAGGCAGUUUAACAUAUCAUAUGGUCCUCCUGUCACAUUUGAUCUAGCAAAAUGUUUGCAGUAUUUUUCGAAUCUGCAAUCUAUUAGAUUAGAUGGUUGCAUUGUUACAUGUUCUGGGAUGAAGGCCAUUGGAAAUUGGUGUGCAUCUCUCAAGGAGCUGAGCCUAAGUAAGUGCUCAGGAGUGACAGAUGAGGGUCUCUCCUUGAUUGUACAGGGACACCAAGAAUUGAGGAAGCUGGACAUCACAUGCUGUCGCAAGAUAACUCAAGUCUCUAUAAACAGCAUAACAAAUUCUUGCACCUGCCUCACUUCCCUUAGGAUGGAGUCAUGUAGCCUGGUUCAGAGUGAAGCUUUUGUGUUGAUUGGACAGUGUUGUCAAUUCUUGGAGGAACUGGAUGUCACAGAUAAUGAAAUUGACGAUGAGGGUUUGAAGUCCAUUGCAAGGUGUUCCAAACUUUCUAGUUUAAAACUAGGGAUUUGCCUAAAAAUAACUGAUGAUGGAAUCGCCCAUGUUGGAACUGGUUGUCCAAAGCUUACCGAGAUUGAUUUGUACAGGUGCAUUUGUAUAACCGAUGUGGGCAUUGAAGCAAUUGCUCAUGGUUGUCCUGAUCUGGAGAUGAUAAACACAGCUUAUUGUGAUAAAGUUACAGAUGCAUCUUUAGAAUCAUUGUCAAAAUGUUUGAGGUUGAAAGCACUAGAAAUUCGAGGAUGCCCUGGUGUCUCAUCAGUUGGUUUAUCAGCCAUUGCUCUGGGAUGUAGGCAGCUUACGGUGCUUGACAUAAAAAAAUGUCAUCAUAUUAAUGAUGUUGGAAUGCUUCCACUUGCUCAAUUUUCUCAAAAUCUCAAGCAGAUCAACUUCUCAUAUUGUUCUGUGACGGAUGUGGGGCUCCUGGCCCUGGCCAGCAUUAGCUCCCUACAGAACAUAACUAUCCUGCACUUGACAGGAUUGACUUCAAAUGGCCUGGCAGCUGCUCUGUUGGCAUGCAGAGGACUAAUGAAAGUGAAGCUUCACAGAUUUUUUAAGCGACUGCUCCCCCAUUCCCUUCUUGAUCACAUGCAAUCCCGCGGUUGUGUGUUUCAAUGGAGGGACAAAGCCACCACACAGGUGGAAACAGACCCCAUGGAAUGGAAGCUGCAUCUAGGAUGAUGGGCAAUUACAGUUCCUGAAGCCCCCCAUCUCAGGAAACAGAGAUACUGUACCCCUGUGAUGCUGCAGACAAGACCGGCUUGGCCAAAAAGUUGGCCAAGAGUUUCAGUUUCGAUGGAAAUUCUAACUAAUGGAGACUGAAUCAGGUUUGCCUCUGCUUCUACUACAAGCAUGAUAGGGACAUCCUUGUUUGGUUUUAAGCUUCAGUUGCAGCCCCCCACCUCUGACCUCUUAAACUAGAUCAUAAAAGAGUGAACCAAAAAACAAAACAAAAAU